CACAACUGGCGCAACACAAUAAUUGGUAGGAGUUCGAAGGAGGUUUAUAUCUUUAUUUUUGUACUAAACAUUAUCUUUUCAAUCAUGGCAAUCUUUGGAAACAUUCUAAUAAUCGAUGCUCUGCGGAGAUGUUACUCCUUACAUUCACCGUCAAAAGCGUUGCUUUUUAGCCUGGCAUUUUCUGAUCUCUGUGUUGGUUGUUUAGUUGCCUUGAAAAGUAACUACCACCUUUACUGUAUCGCUGGUAUUGGGUCUAAUUUUGUUGGAAGCACAGUUGUGGUCGCUUCAUUCCUUACGACUACAGCCAUAGCAGUGGAACGCUAUCUCGCGCUGCACUUACGUUUUCGUUACCGUGAAGUUGUUAAACUUAACCGCGUUGUUAGAGUUUUAUUUGCAUGUUGGUUAGCAUCGCUAAUCUGGUCAUCGCUUUGGUUCCUGAACAGAGGAGUUCAAGACAUUUUAAGGAGAGUCCUGUUUUGUGUCUGCUUGUUGACGACAACAUCAUCCUACCUCGUGAUCUACAAACACAUACGAAGAAGGCAGUUUUGUGUUUCUCAGCGCAUAGGCAGAGCUUUUCUCCCAGCCACAGGAUCAUUUAAUCCCAUUCGCUUUCGAAGAUCUGUCUCAAGCAUGUUUUAUAUAUACUGUUUUCUCUUAGUCUGCUAUCUUCCGUAUACUUGCAUUAUAGUUUUCGUCAAUAGAUAUCAAUUGACUCCUUUGACCUUAACUCUUAACAGUGCUUUUUGUUCCCUCCUUUGUUUCAAUUCUGCUCUCAAUCCGUUCGUUUUCUGCCGACGCAUACAAGAAAUUCGGGCAACAGUUCGACGGACACUACCACCCCUUUUAGCCUGGUGA